AUGUGCAAGUGUGACUACCCCGGUUGCCACAAGAACUUCCGACGAAACGAGCACCUCAGGCGUCACAAGCAAACUUACCACGGUGAAGGACCUGGCCGUUUCUCUUGCGAGUUCUGUGGAGAGUUCUGUGGAAAGGACCAAUUCAACCGCCAAGAUAACCUCAACAACCACCGCAAGUUGCACGCACAACUCAACAGCCGCAACCGUGGCGUUGAGUUCAUCGCUGCUGCAGUUCCUGUUAUUGAGCAGGAGAAGCGAAGUAAGAAGCGACGAGCCCGGUCGAAGCCUCAGGCAGCCGAGAAAGCAAUCGAGGGGAAGGGAAAUAUACUUUAA